UCUGACUAUCGCGCCAUUCUGCUCCUGUCUCUUUUGGGCUCUCUGCAGUAACUUGGCUAUCUAGGUUUUGAGUUUAUAACUAGCUAAAUAAUUUAGCCAAUACCUCAUUAUUUAUAAUGGCAACACCUCCAAAGAGAAUAUGUUCAAGUCCCAGAUUUGACAACAGUUUUGAGAAAAGAACUAAGAAGAUAUCCAUUGAAGGAAACAUUGCUGCAGGGAAGUCAACAUUUGUGCACAUUUUAGAAAAAUCUUCAGAAGAAUGGGAGGUCAUACCGGAGCCCAUUGGGAAGUGGUGCAACGUUCAAAACACUGACAAUGAGUAUGAGGAGCUCAGCACAUCUCAGAAGAGUGGAGGCAACCUGCUGCAGAUGCUGUAUGACAAACCUAGCCGCUGGUCCUACACAUUCCAGAGUUACGCCUGCCUGAGUCGGGUGCGUGCUCAGCUGCAGCCGCCUUCUGCAAAGUUGCAACAGGCAGAGAAACCUGUCCAGUUCUUUGAGCGCUCUGUUUACAGUGACAGGUAUGUAUUUGCCUCCAACCUAUUUGAGUCUGGGGACUUGAAUGAGACCGAAUGGGCUAUUUACCAAGACUGGCACGGUUGGCUGCUCUCUCAGUUUGAGUCUCAAAUUGAGCUGGAUGCCAUGAUCUACCUUCGGGCUGACCCACAGAGAUGUAUGCAGAGGCUGCACCUCCGGGGACGGGAGGAAGAACAAGGAAUUCCAAUCGAGUAUCUGGAGCAACUGCACUACAAGCAUGAGUGCUGGCUGCACCACCGCAGUACUCAACUUGACUUUGAGUACCUGAAAGAUAUCCCCAUCCUGGUCCUGGAUGUUAAUGAUGACUUCAAGAAUGAUCGAAUCAAGCAAGAAGCUGUGCUGGACAAGGUCAGAGAAUUCCUCAGCACGCUGUGAGCUGGAAAGGAUACCUAUGCUACAGACUGCACCAUUCCUGACAGCCUAUAUCAACGUCCAUUCCUCAAAGAAUACACUAGGUCACUGGUCCUCCAUGCCUAAGACAAUACUGGCAGAGAGAAGAUUUGGCUAUUUUCUAACUAAUUUCAUGCCAUUCUCAUUUUGCCAUUGGGUGGAGAGAAAUGUUGGCAGUUUUAAUGACAUCUGAGUUUGAGUGACUUACAAAAUCAAUUGGGGCCCUCCGGUUGGUAAUUUGACCAUGAUUACUGCAAGAUUACAUAGCUGGUAGACUAAUUUACCAAUCUAAAAACUGUUAGAUGACAUUGGCUCAUUGAGUGACUGUCAGUUACUGACAUACAGUAAGAGGAGAAACUGCUGAUGCAAACCAACCACAUUUUGAAAUUGCA